UGCAACGAGUACCGUCACAACAGAUCAGAUAUUCAAGUAAGUUGGACGUAGUCCCGUGGUGUUGUGCUUCAGCUUCUUACCUCCAUCGUAUAUUCCACAGCAAGCUGAUUUUGUCGGAUCGAGAAGAUUCACAAAAUCGUGCGCCUAAGGAAUUCCAGUCAAGUGGAUAUUCGAGUCGAGUCCUAAUCAACUACCUUUUCCGUGUGUAGUAACAAAAAAACAGCGUUCAACAUCAUGAAGUACACCCUGCUCGCUGUUGCCCUAGUGGCUGGCAUUUGCCUUGCUCAAGCUGACGACGGCUGCGAAACCAACGCCGUCAACUGCAACGCCCUCUUCUCCUCGGUGUCCCAUGCCGAGCGCGAUCUGGAGAUCUUCACCAACCAACAGCUGGAGAAAUCGUUCGACUUCCUGCUGCUCUCGUACGUCUUCGACCAGUACAAGCUGGACCGUCCCGGCUUCGAGAAGCUGUACCGUACGCUGUCGGACAAGGCCUGGGAAGACACCCAGGGACUCAUCAAGUACCGCAGCAAGCGUGGCCUGGUCGUCGAGCUGAACGGGCUCCAGAACGCGACCGACAAUGUGCUCGAAACGCGCACCCUCAAGACCAUGAACCGUGGCGUCCUGCUGAACACCGACGAGAUGGGCUCGCUCAAGCUGGCUCUGGCCUACGAGAAGGCGCUUGCCUCGGAGAGCCACCGCAUCCACAAGAAGAUCUCGCACGCCCACGGUGAAGGUCAGGUGUACGAUCCCGAUGUAGCCCACUACCUGGACGAGAAGAUCAUCGAGUACCAGAGCGGUGUGAUCCGUGACCUGACCGGACACAUCCACAACCUGCAGGCCAUCCUGGGCGAGUCGACCCGUGACCUGGGUCUGCACAUGUUUGACGAAUACUUGGCCAAGGCUUAGUAAUCGCCGAGUAGAGAGCGCGUUGUAUUCCUAAGAAGUGAUCACUUGUAUAUCAAUAAAGAAAAUUAAACGGA